AGGUGCAAGAGCGGGGCUGCAGCAGUUGAGGGUGGAGACUGUCUUGCCCCGGAGUCCAGCAUGGAAUCACUCUGCUGCUUCCUGGGCUUUCUGCUGCUGGCUGCCGGAUCACCACUCACCACAGCCACCCGAUUUCGUGAUGUGCUGAGCAGUGACAAAUCCCGUGGCUAUCUGAGCAAGCGCAGCCCGUUACAUGGCUGGUCGUCUGACGAAAACAGCUGGAACGAAAAACUCUACCCAGUGUGGAAGAGAGGGGACACGAGGUGGAGGAACUCCUGGAAGGGCGGCCACCUGCAGGCGGUCCUGACCAGUGACUCCCCGGCUCUGGUGGGCUCCACAAUGACGUUUGUGGUGAACCUGGUUUUCCCCAGAUGCCAAAAGGAAGAUGCCAACGGUGACAUCGUCUAUGAGAAGAACUGCAGGAAUGACACCGGCUCAUCCACUGACCAGUAUGUCUACAACUGGACGGCCUGGUCAGAGGACAGUGACACGGGCAACAGCAGCGGCCAGAGCCACCACAAUGUGUUCCCCGAUGGGAAGCCCUUCCCUCACCCCCACGGCCGGAAGAGGGGGAACUUCAUCUACGUCUUCCACACGCUAGGUCAGUAUUUCCAGAAGCUGGGCCGCUGUUCUGUGAAACUCUCGCUGAACACAACCAAUGUGACCCUCGGCCCUCAGCUCAUGGCAGUGACCGUUUACCGGAGACACGGCCGGGCGUUCUUCCCUGUCGCCCAGGUUAAAGACAUGUACGUGGUGACAGAUCAGAUUCCAGUCCUUGUGACCAUGUCCCAGAAAAACGACCGAAAUGCGUCCGACCACACCUUCCUCAAAGACGUGCCCAUCACAUUCAACGUCUUCCUUCACGACCCCAGCCACUUCCUCAACGAGUCCAGCGUCAGCUACAAGUGGAGUUUCGGGGAUAACACCGGCUUGGUCCUCUCCAGCAACCAAAGCUUGAACCACACCUACAUGCUCAACGGCACGUUCAGCCUCAACCUCACUGUGGAGGCCACAGCGCCUGGCCCUUGCCCUUCGUUCGUGCCCUCACCUCCACCCACGUCCCCAAGUAAGCCACCACCUUCAAUCUCACCAACUACUCUCAGAUCUAAUUAUUCAUUCUCUCCAGGACCUGCUACUGCCAACUCCUUGGAGCUGAGUGAGAAUCCUGUUGAAAACUGCCAGAUUAACAGAUAUGGCUACUUUAGAGCUACCCUCACCAUUGUGGAGGGAAUCCUGGAGGUGAACAUUGUCCGGAUUGAGGAGGUCCCUGCGCCCCAGCCCGGCAGCUCGCUGGUGGAUUUGGUUGUGAGCUGCCAGGGAACCUUCCCCACCGAGGUCUGCACCAUCAUUUCUGACCCUACCUGCCAGAGUGCUGGGAGCUCUUGGUGUGACACCGUGGACAUCAGCGAGGACGAGGGGUGCCUGCUGACCGUGAGAAGGAACUUCAGUGGUUCAGGGAGGUACUGCGUGAACCUCACCCUGGGCGAUGACGCCAGCUUGGCCCUCGCCAGCACCUUGGUCUCUGUCUCCAGGAGAGACUCGGCGUGGCCCCUGCAAGCAUUGAACGGCAUCCUGAUCGCCGCUGGCUGCCUGGUCCUGUGCCUCGCCGCGUUCUCCAUGCACCUGUACAGAAAACACAGGGAAUACAAACCAAUAGGAAGUAACGCCGGGGGCACGGAGGAGGGCAAGGGCCUGAGUGCCUUCCUCGGCCACGCCAAGGCCGUGUCACUCCCGGGAAACCAGGAGAAGGAUCCGCUGCUCCAAAAUCUUCCAGAAGCUCUCUAAAUCGCCCCACCACUUGUACAAGAGUGUAGCUCCACUUUUUUUUUUUUACUAAAUAUUCUUGUAAAACACAGAGGGUGUUGUGUGCGGGGGGGGGUGGGGUUUGUUGUAUGGGGGGGACACCAUGCUGUGUGAACUGGGACCUGCCUCUUCGUAGUGAAACAGCUUAGCAGCCCUUUCUGUCUUGAGCUGUGUCUUCCUUGCAAGAUCUUGAGCAGUGAUUAGGGUGGCUCUACUGGAGGGUUACUCCUUGCAGUCUGACCCGGAGAGCAGCAAAGGGCAGGCUGGACACUGCUAGCCUUCCGCGGAACAAGGCCUACCCUGGAGUCCUAUUUGGGGGACCCUGCUCCGUCCACACUGAGCGCUGUUGGGCGUGGAACGUGCUGGGGUUCCUGACAGCCACAUCAGGGUCAGUCCUCAAUGCCAUGCACAUGCUUACUGUCCUCAGCGGAAGGGAGGGACCACUAAUGGGAUAAAGAGAUGUCAGCCCUGUGUUUGGGUACCGACUGGCACCGCCCAGCUGAGCGAAGGGAGAGUUUUCAUGCCUUCGUUUUCCCCCAGGGACUUCUGGUUAGCACAGCCUGGGCCUCAGAGCCGACUCGCCUGUGUGUACCUAUCAGGAUGUCUGCACAUUGAAAUCACAUAUUAGGAUUUCCUAAGAGGGAAGACCCUGAGUUUCCUACCUGUUUCUCUUAAAUGAUGUAAGGAUUGCACCUUCGUUUGUCACUAAAACCACUUGCCCUGUGUCACACUUGACAUUCUUUUCCUCUCCUUUCUGAAAAAUAAAGUGUGAUAAGAGGAAAGACGUUGGUACUGUGU